AAAAAAAGAGAAAAGCAAAAGAAUUUAGAAAAUAAUAACGCUAAUAACUUAUUAGAUAAAACAUUUAAAGACUAUAAAUUAUAUGAUGAUUUAUCUCAAACUAAUACAAUUUUUGAAAAUUUGACUCAAGAAAGUAUUGAUUUGUUAUAUGAAGAAUUUCAACAAGCUAGUUGUUUAUAUACUUUAAUUGAAGAUUCAGAUUUAAUUGAAAAUUCAGAUGAUGAAAGUUUUAUGUCAGUUGAUAAUCAGACCUUUUCAAGCUGUUCAAGUUUUGAUAACCAUAAACAAUUAUAUGAUAAAGCACUACAGCAAGUUAAAAAAAAUCAGCAAAUUAUUCAUAGUGUUAUAGAAAACUAG